AUGAGAGUCUUUUUUGUUAAAGUAUGCUUUUGGAUGCAUACUUUUUGUUUUAUCUUUUAUUUACAUUUUUGUACAUACAUUGGUGUGGCAUUUUCGAAAGUGAAGUGUGCGGAUUAAGUGACGUAUUUUAUCGACAAGGUAGGUAAUUGCAAAUUUUGUAACUUUGUGAGUUAAAAUGUAGGUGGCAUUUGACAUCUGACUUGCUGGAGACGAUCUAUCUUCUAUUUUGUCGGUGCCAUGUAAGAUGGCGCAAUUGUUGUGAAACCUGAGUUUUCGCAGGAAUUCUUCACUAUACUUUUACAUUCUCAGCGUUAACGAUUGACAGAAGUGAUAUUACGAUGAGCGAAACUGUCAUGAUAAAACGAUUCAAGCAUAAAUGGAUAAAUAAAAUGCAUAAAUACAUGCAAAACCUAGAGUAAAAUCAAAAUAUUAAAUAGUGAAAAUAAAUGUGUAAAAUACAAUGGGAACUUUCUACGUUAAACAAUAUAUUCAAAUAACCUCUUAGUGAUAAAAUGUGAUUACAUUAGCACAAUUAUGAUGUGUUGCGAUAAGAUACAAACAGUAUAACAAGAAGCAUCAUCAACAUUUUCAUAUAAAACCUGGGAAGAUAGAAUUAUACGUACUAUUAAAUAUAUUAAGUAUAUUGAAAAUACUGUGAUAUUUCACCGAAGUGUGUGGUCUUGCUUGCUUGGUAAACUUUAUAAAAAAAUCAAAGAUUCGGAAAACUUCUCCUAAAACUCGUGAUUCACAAAGACGACUAAACAACAUCAAGUAUCAUGAAAUAUAUUGUGAGUUGAUAGAAGUAUGUAGUUUUAUAAAGACACUUUUAGUUUCUGGAGUUCAAUAAGUCUCAAGAAAUUACAAAAUGGGAUCUGAACAAAGCUCUCAAAGUGGUGGCCAAGGUGCCAAUAGUGGCAGAUCUAGGACGAAUCAGCUUAGACGUGGCAAAAGUGUCCCAAGUCGUGAGAGAGUACCAGAGGAUACCCCACCAAGAUGCAUCAGUCCUGGUGCUAGUAUUUGUUCUGAUUCAGAUCUUCCGUAUAUCUCUUAUACAGUGAAUCGACCUAUUGGAGAUUCACCAAAGAUGACAAACAAGCAGUCACAGCUCUACAGAGGAAAAACUAUUGGAGCUGGGGAGAUCUCGAGGCGAAAAAACAGCCUCGGUACAAAUCAUAGUCAUAGAAAAAUCAACACAUCGGAUAAGGUGCACAACAUUGUGGUAGUAAAGGCGGCUCAAGCGGAUCCAACAGCAGACAAAGAUCCAGAUCUGGUGAAGCUGCAAAGUAUCCCGAUGUUUCUGCCUAUUAUGCGCGGCACGCUGAAUCUACCACCGGGUGUCCGCGAUCCGGAGGUCCUCGAGAGACUUGACCCUAUCGGCCUGUUCAACUUGUGUGCGCGUUAUCAGCAUCAUUUGAACACUAACGCGCAGACAAUAGCUGCGGAACAGGCUGCUAUGUGCAUUAAUAUGGAAACGGAAUUCAGCAAGGUAUUGAAUUUUGCUAUAGAUCGGCAGAAGAGAUUCACUAGAUUUGCUGAGCAACUGAACAAAGUGCAUGAGCUCAGCCGUCAGCUCACCAGGUGCCACUCGUUGCUCAAUCAAACUCUCGAGAGUCUUGAGACUCUCAAUAAUCUAUUGCCGGUGGAGGAAAGGCUCGAACCCUUUGUCUGGACCACGGGAUAAGACAGGCCUGAAUGUGAAUCUUCUAACUUAUAUUUUUAGCAAGGAAAACCUCAACCGUAACUGUUUCAUAAAGAAUUUGUGAUCAAAGAAAAUGCGAAGAAUGAUCUUGAAACAUUGUCAAGAAACUUCAACAAGCUUGUAAUAAGCGUCAUUAUCAAGAGCUUUAACAACUUCUACAUGCAGUGUGGACAAAUUAAAAACCAAAUAAAAAAGAAAUAAAUAUAUACUUCAUUGAAACACA